AUGGAGUCGAGGGCGGAGCGCCGUAUGAGCCUGUGGAGGGGCCGCAGGGAGAGCGUGUGGGGGGGCCGCAGGGAAAGCCUGUGGGGGGGUCGCAGGGAGAGCCUGUGGAGGGGUCAUGAGGAGGAGGACUCCGCCCAGGCCGGGUUCCGGCCCAAACUGGCCAACACGUACAGACUGGAGCCUCUCCACCCGUUCGCGCCCCACCUGCUGCGGCGGGGCGCGGAGGAGCUCCUGGGCGCCUUCGGGGACCUGCAGUACCAGCAGGACAGCUGCAGACGGCUGGCCUGUAGAGUCGCCGACCAGCUGCUGGCUUUGGCCAAAGAGCAGGUGUUUGAAAGGUACAGGUACGUAGUGCAGGUGUCUGUGGGUCAGAAGCUGGGUCAGGGGGUCAAAAUCGCCAGCAAAGCACUGUGGGACCACGAGAAGGACAGUUUCAUCACCCUGAGGUACGAGAACCCGUACCUGUUUGCCGUGGGAACCGUGUUUGCCCUCUACAUGGACUGA